AUGUUUAAACAGGAGAUGGAGAGCAGCCAGAAGAGGAGAGUGUUGCACUGCAUGCAGAGAGCCCUGAUCUGGAGCCAGGAGCUGGGCGAUGAGAAGAUCCAGAGUGUGAGUCAGAUGGUGGAGCUGGUGGAGAACAGGAUCAGGCAGGUGGACAGUCACGUGGAACUCUUUGAGGAACGCCAAGAAGUCAAUGACAUCACUGGCCACAGUGGCAAAGACGGCGAGGAUAAGUCCAAGAAUGAGACAAUCACACAGGCAGAAAAGCCCAAUAACAAGAGGUCUCUGAGACAGUGCAACAGCGAAAAUUGGGGGAAUGCAGCCAAUAAUCACAACCAUGAUGACAUCACCUCAGGAACACCUAAGCAGAAGAAAGCAAAGGCCUCCAAGAAGAAGAAACGCUCCAAGGCCAAAGCAGAGAGGGAAGCAUUCCCUGCAGACCUUCCCAUCCACCCGAACGAGCCCAUGUACUGUCUGUGCAAUCCGGUCUCCUGUGGAGAAAUGAUCGGCGGUGACAAUGACGAAUGCCCCAUCGAGUGGUUCCACUUUUCCGGUAUAGGACUGAAUCAUAAACUAAAGGGCAAGUGGUACUGUCCCAGAUGUUGA